GUCCACGUAAACAAAGUUUGUUUAUUAAUAGUGCAGUCAACUAAGUGCCCCUAGGGCGCUUUUGACUUUAAUUUUUCGGUAUAAAUAUUUUCAAAAUUAUAGUUUCACCGGACAUUUACACAUAAAAUAUAUCUUUCAAAAUGUCUCCGCAAAAUUCCUGCCAAAGUAAUCAGACUCCAGAUAAUCAGAGACGACAAAAUCUACUUAACAAAGUAUCUGGUGUACUAAACCAACUGGAAAAAAGCUCGUGCGCAUGUGGGUGCGCCUGUCCGUGCUGGGAGGAGGCCAGGGCGCCGCCCAGGUGCUUCAAGUUCAUCCCGUACAACGCGCUGGAGCGACCCUUCAUCGUGAGCCUGCCCGUGAUCGAGGAGCGCCCCACCACGGACCGCCGGCAGGUCGCCACCGAGAGCAUAGGCCACCGUCACCUGCGCCUGGUGGAGGAGUACUUCCCGCACCGACCAUGCCAGAUAUCGGGCAGCUUCGCUCUCCUAGCUGCUAAGUGCAGCUGCUCACCCCCAGCUGCGCCGAGAGCCAGCCGAUCAGCGCCGUGCUGCCCAGCACCACCAUGCUGGCCCAGUUUAGCACCACCGUGCUGCCCCAGUCCUGCACCAGUGUGCUGCCCCAGCCCUGCACCAUCGUGCUGCCCCAGUCCUGCACCAUCGUGCUGCCCCAGUCCAGCACCGUCGUGCUGCCCCAGUCCUGCACCGUCGUGCUGCAUCGAGCCUCCGCGAGUCUGCCUCGCCGAGGUGCCGUGUGUACUGUGCCACCCGCCCCCACGGCCUGCCCGCUCCUGGAUGCCGCCUGCCAACGGGGGCCUAGACCCCCCGCCCUGCCAAGGAAUCCUCCAAAUGCCGUGCGCCAAGCACCGGUGCUGACCAUGCCGAGGUGAUCUGUGUGCUGUGCCACCCGCCCCCACGGCCCGCCCGCCUUGGAUGCCGCCUGCCACCGGGGGUAUAGACCCCCGGCUCUGCCAUGGAAUCUUCCCGAUGCCGUACCCCAAGCACCAGUUCUGACCGUACACUGGGCAGACCACCCAGCCAGACAUCGGCUGCAGGUCCCAUCACCAACAAACAAGCAAUAAUAAAUAGCAGUCCAUCAAACUACAUGCAUGAGUACUUUUUACCAGCAUAUCAACCUAACUCAAGUUCAAAUAAUUUAUUUUAUAAACUAACAAAUUUAAAUCCUACAUGCUACUCACAUUAAUAAUAUUGAUUUUUUGUGUGUUUCGAUAUGUUGAAUAAAUAUCCAUUCUGAAA